GAUCGCGCAAUCUUCCUCUUUCGAUAUCUGGUCUAAAUAUUGUAGAUCUACAAAAAGCCCCAUGUCUGGUUGUGUAACCAGACGUGCAACAAAAGGUUUUUGAGAGUGCGAGGAAGCGAGGUGAUUGGUUCGCAGAGUUGCAUGGGUUGAGGGGAGUGGAAUGUUAAAGGGCGGAGAACACCACGAUCACAGCACAACAAUAACACGAUACGAUUACGAUACCAACAUGGCAGAAGAAGGAAAGCGUAGGAGAGCAAGACCGUCAAAUUGGUGGGAGGUGCAAGAUAAUGAAAAUGAAAAUGGGAAUGGGGAGGUGGGAGUGAGAAGUCAAGCGACGGCAGACGCGCAAAGUCAAAGCCCAAAUAUAAAUACAGUGGGUGGAGAAAUUGCAAAGAAGAAGGCAAGACCUUGGGUUCCGGCGGGAAUGGGUGUGCCUAGUGAGAAGAAGAGAGGAAGAUCUUCUUUGGGCACGGGUUCUGGGAUCGCGAAACAAACCUGGGAGAACGAUGGCAAUAUUGAGGACGAGGCUGAAGAUGACAAUUCAAGAACGAGAAGAAUAAGAAAAAACACAAACAACACAGGAGGAAUAUUGAGUGGGCAUAGCAAUACGGAUGUUGUUGAAACGGUAACUGCGGUCAGUUCCCUGGCGCCGCAGAAGAAGAGGGGUAAACCUGCUGUGGGAGUCGUUGAUCGUGCAGAAAGUAACGGACCAUCAAACAACGCGGCGACGGGAAGCCGAACAAAGGGUGAAUCGAAGGCUUCGCAUACGGGUGUAGAGGAAAAAAAGCGCGGAAGACCUGCGAAUGGAAAUAUGGGUACUAUAAACAAUCGAGAGAAAAAGAGCAAUGGGGGUCAUAUUGAGCCCGAAAAGAGCAAGUCGUCGCGAUCACAAAAGCGCCAUCAGGCAGCGCCAGAAUCACCAGCACCAGCUCGUACAAUGAAGAAGGCUUCCAAGAAUGUCGAGGAAGCAUCCGAGAAGCAAUCGAAGCCAUCGAAGUCGAAGAAGCAUGUUAGAAUAUCAGAUGUAUCACAAACCAAUGAACCGGGGGCCGGAAGGCCAAAAUCCAAGAAAGCUGGACCUCCAGAUAGUUCCGAGCUCACAAGAAAGCGGAAGGAUCCGAAUACUGAUGAACAGCAACCACAACAACUAACUAAACGUCGCCGUGUGGAAGAUUCACAAGAUAAUCGGGCCGAGCAAGAACAGCCAGAGCCGCCUUCGUAUCAACAUCUAGCAGCUGUUACUCGGCGUGUGACACACGAAACUAUCAAGACGAAGUGGGAACCUCUACCACCGGGAUGCUUGGAUAAGAUUUCUGAUUUAUUGAUCGAUGUACAAAGACCAGUUGUCUUACAGAUUCGCGAUGAACGUAAGAAGACACAAGCCAGUACAGCGAUACAAAUGAUAAGCCGCCGACUUUUGAAUAGAAUUCGAAAGGGUAUGCCAUUUCCUAAGGGGAUAAGAACAAAUCCAGAGGAUGAUUUUGAUUUUGAGAGGAUACUGGAUUACAAUCGAGCUUUAGAGAAUAAACUCACACCGGUUUUGCAUUCAAAUGACCUUUUGGAGGCCGAAUUGAGGAAAGAGGAGAUAUUGCUUGAGAGUGAGGAGAGAUAUCUCGCGGAACUGGAGGCAAAUGCAAAGGAUGAAGCGACAAGUAGAAGACAAGCCGCUCGAAAAGCUCAUCCACUGCUUCAAUUCGAGGUUGAUAGCACUCGAAAGGUACUCAAUGAUAAUAUCGGUAUAGAUGAGAACGCAGCUACUUCCUCAAUAACUCUCAACGCCUCGAAAUAUCACGAUCUUGAAGGCAUUGUUAAGAGUAUAGAUGGUCACGUGGACAGUAUUAAGGGCAAUCUACAACAGAUUGAAGGUAUCACCGAUGCUAUGGCUAAAAGUAAAGCUUCUGUACAAGCUGCUCUAUUCAGUCAUCUCGAUCUCGAUCAGUACAAUGACGUUGUUUUGGGUUAAAGACAUAAAAACGGUUAUUGGUGCAAGACACAACGGUUUCGGUGGAAGGAAAGUGGGAUUACAUGUUUAAGUUUGGGAGGAACAUUCCACAGGAAUAUUUUUGUGUUGUGUGGCUAUUGAUUUUAUAGUUAUUGUAUUAGAUACCCAAAAUUCGCUCCUUCAUCGUUGAUAUGUAUGUAGUUAUAAUGAUCUACAAUUCAUUUGUUCUUUGUACCAAAGUAUCUUUUAGACC